AUGCAUUACAUCAGGCUCUUGCGGCCUCCUGCAGUCACACAGACUGGGACAAAGAAUUCUAUCAAGAAUAUUGUCAAAGUAGUCUUGACGAUCACGACAGAUCUAGGAGAGUCUUUCCUCUGUCCAGACUCACCAAUCAAACUAGUUUUCAACCUAGAGCAUGAGGUCCCCAAUCCCGCCGCUGUUCAAGAGACAAACGCUGGCACAACCGCUACCCGCAAGAGGAAAUUCUCAGGCGCACACGAGGAAGAGAGUGGAGGAGGCACAGUUGGGUCAACUCGAGAUGGUGGCACACCCGAGACAGCCGAUCAAGUCACAGAUCCCCCAACAAGCUCACACCCUCGGACCACUGAAACAGUAACCACACAACUUCAAGCUGAGGGCAAGAAUAAUUCCUCUGUCUGGAGAGCAGGCAUGCGCGUGCUGAAAGCUGAGCUCGUCAUUCCACAACGAAUUGCAGACAAGCUCGAGAACGUCUCCACAGAUAGACCAACGGGCAGUUCAGCAAGUGAUGGACUCGAAACCGGCUUGAUGGGCCUCGGCAAGGAUGCAACACGACCCAGGUUAUUCAUUCAGCCUGAAGACAGUCUCUUGUCCGCUGUCUAUAGCAAUGAUCUAUUGCAGAAAGGUCAUGGGCUCAUCAUGCCUGUCUGGUCUGAGUUGGCCUUUUUUGGCCAAGACCCAGAGCACCAUUCUUCUCGGAGACUAGUCUUGGGGGAUCAUGGUGACGAGAACAGCGGCCCGGUAUCAGUGGUAGUGGAAGAAGAGAUUGGUGAAAGCAUCGCUCGCCAUGUGUGGGACGCAGGCGUGGUGACAGUGGCGUUGUUGCAGGACAUCUGCAGCACGAGCAUAACAAGAAAGUACACCAAUACACUGCCGGAGCUCAGAAAGAUUCUUCUUGACUCAGAAGAGUUGAGGAUUUUGGAGCUUGGGUCUGGAGUUGGAAUCCUAGGAAUCGGGGCGGCUCAAAUAUUGGGUCGUUGUCGGAGCCCACAUGGACAGAAGACAUUCUUUCUCCUGACUGACCUACACGAGGCAGAGGACCAGGCACGUCGCAACAUUUCCAUCUUUGAGGGUUCGCAAACGCCAACGACAAAUCCCGGGACAUCAAUAGUCAAACUUGAAUGGGGUGCUCUGGACUGGGAUUUGGGCCGGAAGGGGUUAUUCGGGGAUCUGAAGGCUGUCCGGUCUACCCCGUUUGAUCUGGUCAUGCUGAGCGAUUGUACCUACAAUGUGGACAUGCUACCAUCUCUUGUCGGAACCCUUUCUGCGCUCCAUGAUCUCUCACGAGGCAUGGGGAAGGACUGCAAGGUGCUACUGGCAACCAAGCCUAGGCAUCCAUCGGAAAAGGAACUUUUCGAGCUCAUGUCGGAAGAGAGAUGGAGCAUUGCAGAAGAGGUGACACUGCCUCUAGCCGUGCUUGCUUCAGAAGAUGAACAGGUCGAGGUCUAUCUGUUCAGCAGGAGGGCCUGA